AUGCAGCCAGCGCGGCGGCUGCCGGGGCCAGGGACGGCCGCCCGGAGCUCGGAGAACGCGGAGCGCGCCGCGCCCCGGCCACUGACCGAGGAUGUUCUAGUGACUGGAUCCUCUCUUGCUGGUGCCUGGGAAAUGGCUGCCACUGCUAAUUCAGCCUUGAAGACAGUCACUUGCCCACUCAACACCAUUACUUAGAAGAUCGAAUUCAAGAGGAACCACCCCACCUGGAGCCAGCCUGGGGGCAAGCCAGAGCCCCCCGACCCCCGGGAUGACUGCAGCCAGCAGGGCCAACCCCUAUAGCAUCGUGUCGUCAGAGGAGGACGGGCUGCAUCUGGUCACCAUGUCGGGUGCCAACGGCUUCGGCAACGGCAAGGUGCACACACGGCGCAGGUGCCGCAACCGCUUUGUCAAAAAGAACGGUCAGUGCAACAUCGAGUUCGCCAACAUGGACGAGAAGUCACAGCGCUACCUGGCUGACAUGUUUACCACCUGUGUGGACAUCCGCUGGCGUUACAUGCUGCUCAUCUUCUCGCUGGCCUUCCUCGCCUCCUGGCUGCUGUUCGGCAUCAUCUUCUGGGUCAUCGCCGUGGCGCAUGGUGACCUGGAGCCGGCCGAGGGCCGAGGCCGCACACCCUGCGUGAUGCAAGUCCAUGGCUUCAUGGCAGCCUUCCUGUUCUCCAUCGAGACGCAGACCACCAUCGGCUACGGGCUGCGCUGUGUGACGGAGGAGUGCCCGGUGGCCGUCUUUAUGGUGGUGGCCCAGUCCAUUGUGGGCUGCAUCAUUGACUCCUUCAUGAUCGGUGCCAUCAUGGCCAAGAUGGCGCGGCCCAAGAAGCGGGCGCAGACGCUGCUGUUCAGCCACAACGCUGUGGUGGCUCUGCGCGACGGCAAGCUCUGCCUCAUGUGGCGUGUGGGCAACCUGCGUAAGAGCCACAUCGUGGAGGCCCACGUGCGGGCGCAGCUCAUCAAGCCCCGGGUCACGGAGGAGGGCGAGUACAUCCCGCUGGACCAGAUCGACAUCGAUGUGGGCUUUGACAAGGGGCUGGACCGCAUCUUCCUAGUGUCGCCCAUCACCAUCCUGCAUGAGAUCGACGAGGCCAGCCCGCUGUUUGGCAUCAGCCGGCAGGACUUGGAGACAGACGACUUCGAGAUUGUAGUCAUCCUGGAAGGCAUGGUGGAGGCCACAGCCAUGACCACCCAGGCCCGCAGCUCCUACCUGGCCAAUGAGAUCCUGUGGGGCCACCGCUUCGAGCCUGUGCUCUUCGAGGAGAAGAACCAGUACAAGAUCGAUUACUCGCACUUCCACAAGACCUACGAGGUGCCCUCCACGCCCCGCUGCAGCGCCAAGGACCUGGUUGAGAACAAGUUUCUGCUGCCCAGCGCUGGCUCCUUCUGCUAUGAAAAUGAGCUGGCCUUCCUGAGCCGAGAUGAGGAGGACGAGGUGGAUGGAGACCAGGAUGGCCACAGUCGGGACGGCCUCAGCCCACAGGCCAGGCAUGACUUUGACAGACUCCAGGCCGGGGGCGGGGCCCUGGAGCAGCGGCCCUACAGACGGGAGUCGGAGAUCUGAGCCAGUCUUGGCCGAGGUGCAGCAUCCGCCCCCCACCAACCAGGGAGCGGCCCUGGUGUCCCUUGGGGGCCCUGGGCUUGAGCAGAGCGGGCCAGGUGCCCUGGGUUGCAGACUCAGUAGUGUUUUAGUCGUCUUACGUUUCUUCACAACGGCCUCAGAAGGUUGGCAGGAGAGUGAGGUAGCCAGAGUGUGCACCAGAGGCCGACGCAGAGGCCUCAGAGGCCGAUAUAGGCUCAGGGCAGGGAGGUGGCCUCCUGGGGGGGCCAGGCCAUGGGGGUCAGGGGCUUCUACCUGAAGAUAGAGCUGCAGCCUGAGGGGAAGUGGCCCGCUGGUGGGCCCAGCCUCUGCUGUCCAAGGCUGGCAGGCUGUGGUGCUCCUCACUGGUUUUUAACUUGGGGAGAAACACCGGGUUUCAGCAUUCUCAAUCUUAGCUUGGAUAAGACUGUUUACAAAAAAAAAAAAAGAAAAAUUAACAUGCGAUUAAAAAAUUUUUUUAAUUCGUGGGGGACAAAAAGGACAAUUAGAAUUCCAUGGGUCUGCCAGGACGCAGCAGCUGGCUGGAGGCUCCAGAAGGUUCCCAAGGUGGGACUGGCCUUUCCCCCAGGGCAGGCACGGUG